AAAACGCCGUCUCCCAACCCUACUUGAGAGUUACGUUCAUUUACGUUGCAGUAUAGAUACCCCUCAGCAUACGAUUGUUUUCCUUCGUCGGUCGUGACUUGUUUCUAGAUGUUCUUCAUCGCGUAUUCAGACAGUGAUGUCUUGGGUGCGCUCACCUGGGCCGCUCUUCAUUCCCUUGAUACUGUAUACUGUGCUUGCAUCGCCCUCUUGUUUCCCAUCGCCAUUAGCUUCUCGCGAAAACUUUCCCGGUCGGCGGGGCUAGUCACGUGUGGAGCACCUGCCGCCUCUGUGCCGACGUCGACCGCUCUUGCCUCCUCUUUCUUCACUCACUACCCCGCCUACAUUCCGUCUACCGCCACCUGCAAUAACACACCAACCCCCGAACCCGUCAACAUCCUCUCCCAGCAACAUGGAGGACAGCGGCGUCUCGCCGCAAGAGUUCUACCAGCGGCCGCUACCGAUUCGGGGGCUGGGGCCACAGGAAGGGGAGUCCGCAGGAAAGAGCAAAUGCGAAUAGCUCCGCGGACCUUGCAACGGCGAAGCCCUUCCCAUUCCUCAGAUUACCAGCGGAGCUGCGCAACAAAAUUUACGGUUACGUACUCACCGAUAAUCGUGAAGAACGCGGUUUCUACAUACACCACAUAGAUGGCAGCAUGUCGUACUUUUACGAGCAGAUCGAUAGAGUGAUCCUUGUCAACGAUGUGACCCGCAGAAUAGAGCGCCGUCGCAUCGAUCAGAGGUACGCCGAGCGCACCGAGCAAUACAGAGC